AUGCGUCUCCUUCUCGCCGCGUCCGCGGCGCUCCUCUCGACCAGCUAUGCCUUCCAGAUCCCAUCGUACGCCCACUGUCCUCCUCUCGGCCCCGUCCUGCCCGCUCCAGCCCAGCCGUUGCAGAACGAGGCUGUCCAGACGGCCGUGGCAGCCAUCUCAGCUGCAUUCCACAACCUGACGGCCGGGCUCAACGACACGGCCAUCUCCGUCGGCGUCGCCUCCAUCCACGAGGACGCGCCGCUGCUCGAUCUGCACUGGACGCCGCCGCAGCGCAGCCCCAAUGGCACCGGCAACGUCGACCGCAACACCGUGUACCGCGUCGGCAGCAUCUCCAAGGUCUACACCGUGCUCGCGCUGCAGCUGCUGGCCGACAGGGUGCAAUGGACCGCCCCCGUCACCACGUACGUCCCGCAGCUGCGCCAGCUGUCCGGCAGCCAGGUCGACUGGGAUGAGGUCACCGUCGAGGCGCUCGCGUCGCAUCUGGCGGGGGUUCCAGCGAACUUUGGCUUCGACGUGGGCAAUGAACCCGGCGACUGGACCAAGUACGGCCUGCCCGUCCUCAACGCGAGCGAGGUCUCGGGCUGCGGAGGAGAGCCAGACCAGGCUGGCUGCACCUGGCAGAGUAAGCAUUUGAUCUCGCUCGUACUGUACUCUCUGACCGCUGGCUCAUGCCAAUUGACAGCCUUCUUCACCAAAUUCGGCCGCCGCCGCCCCGUCUACGCGCCCUGGACGACGCCCGUCUAUUCCAACAUCGGGUUCGCCAUUCUGGGCCUCGUCGUCGAGUCCGUCACCGGCCAGACGUACGAGCAGUUCGUCAGCGAGGCCAUUUUGGCGCCGCUCAACCUGACCCGCACGAGCAUUUCCACGCCGACGGACAGGAAUGUCGUCGAGGCGAGCUGGUUUGGAUCUGAUCUGGGGAUUGAGAAUUCCUCCGGUGGCUUCUAUGCCAGUACCAGCGACCUCCUCGCCCUGGGGUCCGCCAUCCUCGGUUCGCGACUGUUGCCCCCCGUGCAGACGCGUCGCUGGCUGAAGCCGCUCACGCACACCUCCUCGCUGGGCGUGUCUGUCGGCGCGCCGUGGGAGAUCGCCCGCGGCGUGAGCCUGACGGCGGACAACCGCACGAUCGACUUCUACACCAAGAGCGGCGAGAUAGGCGAGUACGUGGGGAUCCUGGUCCUGAUUCCUGACUACGACCUCGUGGUCAGCUUUCUGUCCGCGGGGCCGAGCGCGUCGUACUCGAUCGUCUACGGCGGCCUGACGCAGAUCUUCCACGCGCUGCUCCCGGCGAUCGAGCAGGCCGGCAAGGACGAAGCCAACCGCACGUUUGCGGGCCAGUAUCAGCUGAAGGGCAGCAAUAAUAAUAACAAUACGAGGAUCACUAUCUCUGUCGACGCCGACGGCCCCGGCCUAAAAGUGUCCCACUGGUACACUCACGGCCAGAGCAUGGCGCAGAACUGGCCCGUGAUAUCCUCUCCAGCGGGGACGCCGCCAGCCAGCCCGAGCCCUGCCCCAGGAGUGGGAAUCAGACUGUACCCAACGAACCUGCGGUCCGGCAAGACGUGGGCAUGGCGCGCCGUCUUCGACACUGUCUCGUCGGAGUCCGAGGCCGCGGCCGAGGACGCGCAGCUGUUCUUCCCGCAGGGGAGCUGUCUGAGCUGGUCGACGAUCGACAACACGAUCUACGGGCUGAACGGGCUGGAAGAGGUCGUGUUUAGUCUGGACGAGAACGGGCAGGCGAGCAGCGUGACGUUGCGAGGGUUGCGGGAGACGCUGAUAGAUAGACUAAUUAAUUGUCCUGUAUUGAUGUAA